AUGCUAUUCGAGGCAACGCACACCGACCAUGGUGAUGCUGUUGAUGGUGUUGAGGAUCAUGGAGUCGCUCCUGAAUACAGACUAACAACCACACAGGGAGGAAAGAACCGCAGACGUGGCAAGAACGAGUCCGACCACGAGAAGCGUGAGCUCACCUUCAAGGAAGAUGGCCAAGAGUACGCUCAGGUCGUAAAGAUGCUCGGCAACGGCCGUCUCGAGGCCCAGUGCUUCGACGGCGUCAAGCGUCUCGCCAACAUUCGUGGCAAGCUCCGCAAGAAGGUCUGGAUCAACCAGGGCGACAUCAUCCUCCUCUCCCUGCGUGAGUACCAGGACGACAAGGGCGACGUCAUCCUCAAGUACACCGCCGACGAGGCCCGUUCCCUUAAGGCCUACGGCGAGCUGCCCGAGUCCGCCAAGAUCAACGAGACCGACACCUACGGUGCCGACGGCGACGGUGACUGCAACUUCGAGUUCGACGACGACCGCGACUCCGAGGAGAGCGGCGACGAGGCCGGCGGCGAUGGCAAGAAGGAGGUCGACAUUGACGACAUUUAA